UGUGCCUUGUGCACCUACUCGUCUACUGUAAGCACGGGGCAGCAGGGGUGCAAGAUGUCGGCGUUGUAGGUUCAGUAUUUGAGCAAUUGAGUAUUUUAGGAUUUCCAAUAUUUCCGCGAUUUGUUAUUUUUCAGUGAUUUAUUGUUCAUCAGUCCAGUAUCUUUGGUGUUUUCAGUUAUCUCAAGUACCCCACGUCUGCCAAAAGCUGGACCCGCAUUUGCUUCUGAAGCUUUCAACUCCCCCCACCGAAACUUUUCUUUACAUCUUCACAUCCCACCCCGUCCUCCGCUAGCAUCAUGAGAAACACGCUGAUAUUCUCGGGCUCCUCCUGCCCGCCGCUCACCGGGAAGAUAUGUGAGAAUCUGGGAAUGGUGCCGGCCGAGGCCGAGCUGACACAAUUCUCAAAUGGAGAGACGAGCGUCCGCAUCAUGACCAGUGUACGUGAGAAGGACGUCUUCGUCGUACAGUCGGGCAGUCGCCAGAUCAACGACACUAUCAUGGAGCUUCUGAUCAUGAUUUCAGCCUGCAAGGGUGGUUCCGCCAACAAGAUCACCGCCGUCUUGCCCUAUUUCCCCUACAACCGCCAGUCUAAGAAGAAGUCGCACCGCGGUGCCAUCACUGCCCGAAUGCUGGCGAACCUGAUGCAUGUGGCAGGCGUCAAGCAUGUCAUUACCGUGGACCUCCAUGCUUCCCAGAUGCAGGGCUUCUUCAAGUGCCCUGUCGACAACCUCCACGCCGAACCCUUGAUCGCACGAUGGGUACGCCAGAAUAUUGCCGAUUGGAAGGAAGCCGUGGUUGUAUCCAAGAACGCAGGAGGCACCAAGAGAGUCACGUCCCUGGCAGAUGCCCUUAAGCUGAACUUUGGCAUUGUCACCACCGACCGCAAGCGAGCCACGGGCAACAUGACGGCUAGUCUGAUCAUGAACCAUCUCGACGGACCACCAACCAUCAUCAACGGAGCCCGCCAAACCCAACCGACCGCAGCCGAAUUAUCAUCCACUUCUCCCCAUGACGUCAAUGGUGCCAGCGGCUCAGCGAGGUCGUCCCGCAUUAUCGCAGAUUCUCAGGGCUCUCCGCGACGUGCUAAUGCCCCCUCGUCACGGACGAACGGUCUGCCGCGUGGUCGAUCCCUGCAGGACUCUUCCCAGGCUUCCCCUAUCGAGGAACAGAAUGAAGAGGAGGACACCGAAGCGCAGGAUUUCACGGACGAGCGCGCUCAGACUGUCAUUCAGGGGCGACUCGUUCAGGGACACAUCGUUCCGGAUGACCAUCCUUCCGCACCCGCAUCAGAAGCCGGGGGUGAAGGUAGUUAUCAGGCCACCGAGGGAGAAGACCCUAUGACCAUGUCCCACGCAUCUUCUUUCUUCGUACCGGAGCCGCAUGCUCUUGGUGGAUCCGGCGACGCUGAGCCCUCAUCUGACGAGGAAGACGAGAAGCUGCAGGAUCCAAAGCUGGAGCAUAUGAUCACCUUGGUCGGAGAUGUCAAGAACCGCUCAGUCCUGAUCGUUGACGACAUGAUCGACAAGGCUGGAUCAUGGAUUGCUGCUGCCGAGACUGUAGUCAAGCGAGGCGGGGCCAAGAAGGUCUAUUGCAUUGCCACCCAUGGUGUAUUUGGAGGUGACUCUCUGGAGCAGCUGCAGGCAUGUGAGUGCAUCGACCAGAUCAUUGUCACCAACAGCUUUCCUAUUAGCGACCGCCGAAGCAAGAGCGCGAGUAAGUUGGUCCUCUUGGACUUGUCGUUCCUGCUCUCGGAAGCCAUCAGGAGGAACCACUACGGCGAGUCUAUAUCGCCACUGUUUGCACAUAUCGCAGAUAACUAAGCUCUGCAGAGCGUUCAUUGCACUGUUUUACGCUUGCUGUAUAUUACGUUUGAUGAGCAUCAUGAGGACUGGUCCAGGUUGCUUCCAUGGCAUGGCGUUUUGGUAUGCGACAAGGAAAGUUUAGUAGUAGGUUCAU